CACCCUUGUUUCCUCGGCCUCGGACGGUGCUGCUACAAGUCCUAAGAGAGCUCCUCGUCCUCCUCGUCUAGACAGACUCGUCUCCAUGGCAGCCUCCAGCGUUCUCCUGCGACUCUGCUUCUGUUCCUCACAGGGAUUCUACUCACCUGCAUCCCUGCUCAGAGAAUCCGAGGCAAAAGACAGAACAUGAAGGUUCGGAUCAACGCCACCGGCGACACCAUCAUCCUGAAGUUCGUCCGCCCCAACCCCGACGUCAAGCUGGAGGGAUACAUCCUGGGCUACGGCAGCAGCAUGUUCUCCAAACAGUUCAUCCAGCUACCGGAGAACGGAGAACCCUACGAGACUGAAAUAGAUGCAGAGCCCAAGUAUCUGGUUGCCGUCCAGCCUAUUCCCACCAACGAUGUGAAGAAACAUUGCACAGGAAAGGUGAACCUGGAGAAACCCCUUCACCUGGUGAUCGGCUCCAUCACCCCAACCUCUGUGCUCCUCUCGUGGGGGAACUUCCUGAAGACGCCCUUUGAGGGCAACAUCAUGAACGAUUGCCUGGAGGAUGGACACUACACCAUCCGAUACAGGGAGAGGAACAGGAAGUGGAUCUACCAGACAUGUCCCACCAGUGACACAGUGAUUGACAACCUCAAGCCUAACACGCCCUACGAGUUCGGCGUUCGUCCCAACAAGGAGGACCGCAGCGGAAUGUGGAGCAAACCAGUUAUCCACAACACCAACAUGGGAGACAAAAGAAUCCAGAAACCUUACAAGCUCCGGACUCCUAUUGCGAAGCCGAUGAAAGAAACUCCACGUUCUCUGUUCCCCCCUCGUCUUGCACUGCACAACAGGACACACCCUAGAGUUCAUCCCAUGCUCAAAAACCCAGGUUUCCCAGGAGCACCCAGGACUUCCUUUGCGCCACCAGAGAGCCAGCAGGAAACUAGACCUGUUCCCAGCUCCAGUGAGCCACAAUGGGACAAAGGAAACACUAUUAGAAAUGCUUCCUUCCAACCCGGACACCUUCCUCCAGUCUACCCCCACCAUCAGCCCACCACAGCCCCCAGUACCGUCGCCCCUAAGUCCCCUCUGAAUGACAAGAUGCUUCAGGGAUACCUUCAGCCCAGGGCGCCCACUAGUGACACAGACAAGCCACGUAACCCCUCUGCUCACAGCGAUUCCUGGGAAGGAACAUCAGUUCUGAGACUUGCCCUGGGCAGAGAGCGAGCCAGUAAUAAUAACUGGGGUCCAGGCAGCCAGGGAAACCCCCCUUCCACCGCCCUGCGGCCUCGAGGCCCAGCCGUUACCGUGGUUGCCAGAACCAUGAAGCCUCCAGGCAGAGAUCGCCUCUUUCCCUUUAAUAACGGUUUCAGACUACCCUCCUCCCUUCCUAGGGCCAGUAACUCAUCCCAGACUAUGGGCACACCAGGGGCCAACGGAGAACAUCACAAGGGACUCUCCCUUCCUAAACCAGUCAUGUGGUCCAGACUGCGAAUGGCAAACAACUCACUAUUGGAAGACAGUAAACAUCAAGUGGGCCAGUCAAGGCCUUCAAUUGAGGACCAGUUGUUUGGGUCCCCUGCUCGCCCUUCCAUACCUGUCAACAAGAAGACCAAUCUGGUUGGCAAACCAGGUGACAUCGACAAAUUGAACGGCCUUAAACAAACCGACAUGGCCUCUGUCCUCAAACCCAAAUUUCCAUCGGUGACAGCCAAGCCUGCCAAGCAAGAACGCAAACACACAACAACUAUAGCACCAGCUGUUAAUGUCAGUCGGUUCGAAAGCUGGGAGAACUCUUCAUUGUUCAGUGCUUUGCCAGCUUCUGAUGUCGACGCCUUGGGCAAAAAACGCUUUGUGGCCCCUCACGUCGUCUACAAAACAGACAAGAAGCCGGAGGAGCCUUGCUCCAUCACCACCUCCCUCAACUACUUCCCAGAGGAGGAGGGUGGGGAGCAGAACGUGACUGCUCCACCCAGGUCUCCUCCGUCCAACCUGACGGUGGUGACGGUGGAAGGCUGCCCCUCCUUCAUCAUCCUGGACUGGGAAAAGACGGACAACGACACCACAGAGUACGAAGUCAUCUCCACGACUAAGGGCCCAGACGGUGAGCAGGUGUCCAUCCUGACCACCAACCAGACUCACACAGCGGUGGAAAACCUCAAACCAGAGAGCAGCUAUGAAUUCAAGGUGAAGCCUAAGAAUGAGCUUGGCACAGGACCCCCAAGUGAACCAGUGUCCUUCAGCACAGAAUCAGCGGACCCUCGGGUGAGCGAGAAUGUGUCAGGAAAAGACGCAAUCUGGACCCAGUUCUCCUUCAAGACGGAUUCUUACUCCGACUGCAACGGGAAGCAGUACGUGAAGAGAACCUGGUAUCGGAAGUUUGUCGGAGUUCAGAUCUGCAACUCUCUGAGAUACAAGAUCUACCUGAGUGAUUCCCUCAACGGUAAGUUUUACAACAUCGGGGACCAGACAGGACAUGGGGAGGACCACUGUCAGUUUGUGGACUCUUUCCUGGAUGGGAGAACAGGAACACAAGUGAGGGCUGACCAGCUACCAGCCAGAGAAGGGUACUACAGAGCCAUGAGGCAAGAACCUGUUAACUUUGGUCAGAUAGGAGGCAGAUCUCACAUCAACUACGUCUCAUGGUAUGAGUGUGGAACGCCCAUCCCUGGCAAGUGGUAGGACUCUCUGCAGCCUGGGAGAAGAUGUACAUCAAACAGGCUGGAAUGGUGACAUGGAGGUGCUGUUGUCUCCAGUCUCUGGAUGACGUGUAUCCCUCUGUGCCACACGGAACCCAGACUUGUAAAGAGAAUUGUACAGAAUCUACAUGUCAGGGAGUUCGAUUGAGUGCAUUUGUAACAUUUAACUGCAAACGUGACUCCUUUCACUAUUUAUCAAUCAUGGCAAAUGAGAAAAAAACGAUAACGACACAUGGAAGAAUUACAGAGAUCGUUGUUACUGUCCGCAGUGUGUGGCAACAAACAUACACUAGAUAUAUUUUUUAGAUAAUGGGAAGCUGGCUCCCUAAAAUUAUUUUGAUAACUUGUAUGAUAUUAUUUAUCAAAGUUUCUGAUGCCAUAUAUUCCUUGUAUAGCCCACCAGUGUGACAGGGAUUGGUAUAUAAAGCAAUGCUUCUGCUGUAAAGUGUACCAGCUUACACACUUUCAUCAACAGUGACUGUUUAAGAAAUAAUGGAACAGAAAACAGGGAAAGAGUCAAACUUUUUAACACAAGGUUUUAGCUCUGAUGUAGCUCCAUGGCUCUUAAAUGCAGGACAGAGAAAACAUGUUCAAUAAUCAAUAAUGAUCAAUAAUGUUUACACUACUUCAGUUUACAUUUCAGAAUCAUCAAACUCAUCAACAUUCACAUACAGUUGCAGCAACAACAUUCAGAGACAGACACACACACACACACUCAAUUUCAUGCAAAAACACAGAAUGUCAUGUACCAAUUAAAUACGCCUCCAUCAUUGGCCCUGAUAUAUGGGGUGGGUAGAUGGGGGAGGUCGUAACUUGCAAUUUGCACAAUAUAAAUGUAUUUAUAUGUAUAUGGAGAAAAAGUAUUUUUUCAACUACUUUUGCUAAACAUUACCUUAAAAUGGCCAUUUGUGGCAUUUAGUACCCUAUGGUAGCAUUUCAGAUAUGUGGGUGAACUGUAAACAUAGAUGCAUCCACACCAGUCGCAUGGAUGGAAAGUUACAUGCGUGUGUUAGUCCAUCCAAAUAUUUGGUUGUACAUUGUUGCGAAUCUGUGAUGAUUCAUGAGAAUCAGAAGGGGAAUACUUUGUUGAAAAGUGACACCGUUUUGUACAGAAAUACUCUUCUGUCUCAUAAAUGCUUGCAGAUAAGUGUCUUAAGCAAAUCUUUUACAUGAAAUGGAUUGUUGUUUUUGAUAUGUACUUCCAUUCUUGUAUCUAUUUUCAAUAAAACAAACAUUUUGUAAA